UUGUGCUGUCAUCCGGCGUGAACGCGCACGCGCUUGAGUCAGCAUGGAAACUCCAAGUCGCCUUCAAGCGUACGCGCGCACGUCAGAAGAGCCUGUGGCAGGAUCAAAGUCUGGCGUGGACGUGGAGUGUCAAACACGCGCGUCCAGAUCGCUGAAAGGAGUGGGCGCGGGCACGCGCUUCGUCAUUUCCUUCGUUCGUUGGACUUCCCGAAGAGAGUGAACGUUUGUCCUUCGUGAGCGCGCGCGCGCCUGGGUGUGCGCCGCCAGGACACAAAAACUUUAUUGGACCCGCUCGGACGUCUUUUGUGUGUCCACGAUGACGUCAGUGUGGAAAAGACUUCAGCGGGUUGGCAAAAAAGCUUCCAAGUUUCAAUUUGUUGCUUCUUACCAGGAGUUGCUGCUCGAAUGCAAAGACAAAUGGCAACCAGACAAGUUGCGCGUGGUUUGGACGAGGAGGAACAGGCGCAUGUGCUCCAAGCUGCACAGUUGGCAACCCGGAAUCAAAAACCCGUACCGAGGGAUGGUUCUUUGGCCCGUCCCGGAGAACGUGGACAUCUCGGUGACACUCUUCAAGGAAGCGGGUGCUGACAUGUUUGAGGACAAAGAGUGGACCUUUGUCAUUGAGGGGGAGUGCAAAGGCCACCGUAAAGUUCUGGCGUCUGCCGCCAUCAACCUGAAGAAUUACGCCAGCGUGACGCCGACACAGACAGACGUCAGGCUGCCGCUCAAGCCGCUGUCCGUCAAAGUGGUUGAAGCGGAGCUCAAGCUGUCUCUGUCAUGCAUCUUUGUGCGUGAGGGGAAAGCCACUGACGAAGACAUGCAAAGCCUCGCCAGCCUCAUGAGCGUCAAACCCGACGUGGCCAACAUGGACGACUUCAACGAGAGCGAUGAGGACGGCGACAACAAGUCUGUCGGUGGAGCAGCUGUCGUUUCGCGCCCGCUUACACGCCCCAACCGCCCUGCCCCUCAGCCGCCCAAGCCCACACUCGAAGCAGCUCCUGCAUCGUACGAGAGGCGCCCCCCAGUUGUCCAAACAUCAGCUGAAGUCGCUACCAGUGCCUUAGGAGGCGCUCAAGUUUUCAAAGCUCAAGUUGUAAAGUCUGUGGGCCGCCCGUCGUCCCCCUCGCCCUUUACCAGUGAGGCAUCGACAGCUCCUCCUGUCGUCGAGGAUGUCACCACCGUGCCGCUGCUGAGUCGUCCGGACCUGGAUGCCCUCUGCGAGCCUGCUGCACCCGCGCUCAUACCCCCACUGCCACAUGCAUCCCCACCUUCCUCCACCAGCAGCACGCCCACAGCAGAGGAUGCAGCACUAUCUGCUGGCAUGGAAGUGAUUCCCAGCCAAAGCCAAGAUGCCGUGGCUGAUACUGCUACAGCUACUGGACAAACGAUCACUAUGCAAGAAUCCAAAGCUGCCGACCGAGAACAACAAGGGAGGAACAGUCCCUGCCGAUCACAAUCGGAGCUAAUCAUAGCCCCGCCUCCUCCGUGGCCGUUCGCCUGUGUGGAGGGAUCCGACCCCCAGCGGUCCUCCACCAGCGUCCUGGCAGCUUUCAUCACCCCUAAGAACCCUUUCAGCACUGACGAGGGACAGGAACCACCACGUGAUGUCAUCUCCAAAACCCAUGGUAGCCAACUGGGGAGCUGCUGGCACUCUGGAAGCCCCCUGCUAAAGGAGACCUCCACCAAGUUCCCUGCCCUGGAGGAGGAGAACGAGGAGGAGAAUGAAGUCCCUGAGUUGCAAAAGAAGAACAAGGAAGAGGAGGAGAUGAGGCGGAGGCAACACGAGGAGGAGAAGAGGAGACUGCUGAAGGAGGAGAAAAGGCGACUCUAUGAGGAGCAGGAAGAGCUGAGGAAGCUGAAGGAGAGAAGGAGGCGCGAGGAGGAGAGGCUCCUCCAAGAGAAGCGGGAACGGGAUGACAGGCUUCAACAAGAGGAGGAGAGAAGGAAGAGGAGAGAGGAGGAAGCAGCCCAGAGAAGAGAGGAGAACAAGAGGAGACAGGCUCGUGAGGAUGAGGAAGCUGCACUUGUCUGGAGGAGGAAAGAGCAGGAUGAAAGGAGACUCGAGGAGAACCACCAGGGGAGAGAAGAAAAGACACGACAGAUACUGGAACUAGGGAAUGAGGAGGAGGAAGCACGAGAGAAGGAAAGAAUGAGGAGUAACGAGGAAAAGGAGUUGCAAAAACUCAGUGAGGAGAGAGACAGGAUUCAGAAGGAGAAAAAGAACGAAGACGAAAAGGACGUGGAGAGGAAACGGAGGGACAAGGAGGACCAGAGAUUGCAGGAGGAAAAAGAUGGGAUGGAGAGGAAGAAAAUGGAAGAAGAGAGCAGGAGGAGACAAGAAGAGCAGGAAAGAGUCAAGGUAGAAAAGGAGAGAGUGAUUCAACGACUAAAGGAUGAGCAAGAAAGGAUGAAAAGGGCGGACGAGGCGAGACAGGAGCAGAAAUUGCGGGAGGAGAAAGAAAGGAUGGAGAGCCAGAAAAGAGCAGAAGAGGAGAGGAGGAAAAAAGAGGAAAACAAAAUAAGGGAGGAGGAGGAGAGAAAGAGGAAGUGUGAAGAAGAGAGAAUGAAGGCAGAAAAGGAGAUAGCCUUGCAACGAUUGAAGGAGGAAGAGAAGCAAAAGCAGAGAAAAGAAGAAGAGAGAAUCAAGGAGGAGGAGAAAGAGAAGGAGGCACAGAGAUUCAUGGAGGCGAAAGAAAGAAUGGAGAGGCAGAAAAGGGCAGAAGAGGAGAGCAUAAAAGAGGAGGAGCGAAAAAGGAAGCUUGAAGAGGAGAGAGUAAAGGCAGCUAAGGAGAGAGAGAUGCUACGAUUGAAGGAGGAAGAGAGGCAGAAAACAGAGGAGCAGGAGAGAAAGAGGAGGAACGAAGAAGAGAGAAUCGAGGAGGAAGAGAAAGAGAAGGUGGUGUGGAUAUUGAGGGAGGACAAAGAGAGAAUGGAGAGGCAGAAAAGUGCAGAAGUGAAGAGCAGAAAAGAGGAGGAGCAAAAGAGGAAGCUUGAAGAGGAGAGAGUGAAGGCAGAAAAGGAGCGAGAGAUGCAAAAAUUGAAGGAGGAAGAGAGGCAGAAAACAGAGGGGCAGGAGAAUAAGAGGAAGAGAAUCGAGGAGGAAGAGAAUGAAAAGGAGGUGCAGACAUUGAGGGAGGAGAAAGGGAGAAGAGAGAGGCAGAAAAGAGCAGAAGAGGAGAGCACAAAAGAGGAGGAGCAAAAGAGGAAGUUUGAAGAGGAGAGAGUGAAGGCAGAAAAGGAGAGAGAGAUGCAACGAUUUAAGGAUGAGGAGAGACAGAAAAUCGAGGAGCACGAGAGAAAGAGGAAAGAAGAAGAGAAAAUCAAGGAAGAUGAGAAGCAGAAGGAGUUGAAUAGAUUAAAUGAGGAGAGAGAAAUGAUGGAGAGGAAGAAAAGGGAAGAGGAGCUGAGAAAAGAGAUGGAAAUAAGAAAAGAGGAAGAAGAGCAAAAAAGGAGGCAUGAAGAGGAGGAACGAGUAAAGGCAGAAAAGGAGGAAGAGAUUCAACGAUUAAAGGAGGAAGAGAGAAAGAAAAUUGAAGAGCAGGAGCGAAUCAAGGAGGAGGAGAAACGGAAAGAGUUGCAAAGAUUGAGGGAGGAGAAAGAAAGAAUGGAGAGGAAGAAAAAGGAAGAAGAGCAGCGAAAAGAGAUGGAAGUAAGAAGAAAAGAGGAAGAAGAGAGAAAAAGGAGGCGUGAAGAGGAGGAACGAGUGAAGGCAGAAAAGGAGGAAGAGAUACAACGAUUAAAGGAGGAAGAGAAAAAGAAAAUUGAAGAGCAGGAGAGAGUCAAGGAAGAGGAGAAACAGAAAGAGUUGCAAAGAUUGAGGGAGGAGAAAGAAAGGAUGGAGAGGAGGAAAAAGGAAGAAGAGCAGAGAAAAGAGAUGGAAAUAAGAAGAAAAGAGGAAGGAGAGAGAAAAAGGAGGCGCGAAGAGGAGGAAAGAGUGAAGGCAGAAAAGGAGAAAGAGAUACAACGAUUAAAGGAGGAAGAGAGACAGAAAAUGGAAGAGCGGGAGAGAAUCAAGGAGGAGAAACGAUUGAAGGAGAAGAAAGAAAGAAUGGAGAUGCAGAAAAGAGCAGAAGAGGACAGAAAGAGGAGAGAGGAGGAGCAGCGGGUCAAAGCAGAGGAGAGGGCUGUACAAAGAUUGAGGGAAGAAAACGAAAGAAUAGAGAAGAAGAAAAUGGAAGAGCAGGAAAGAAUCAAGGAGGAGGAGAAACAGAAGGAGGUGCAAAGAUUGAGGGAGGAGAAAAAAAGAAUGGAGAUGCAGAAAAAGGCAGAAGAUGAGAGAAAGAGAAAAGAUGAGGAGGAGCAGAGGAUCAAAGCAGAGGAGAGAGCUGUGCAAAGAUUAAGUGAAGAAAAAGAAAGGAUCGAGAAGAAUAAAAAGGAGGAAGAGAAGCAAAGAAAAGAGGACGAACAAAAGAGAAAAGAGGAAAGAGAGAGAGUGAAGACAGAAAAGGAGAGAGAGAUGCAACGAUUAAAGGAGGAAGAGAGGCAGAAAAUUAGGAGGGAAGAAGAAGAAGAAGAGAGAGUCAAGGAGGAGGAGAAACAGAUGGAGUUACAAAGAUUGAGCGAUGAGAAAGAAAGGAUAGUGCGAAAGAAAAGGGAAGAGGAGCAGAGUAAAGAGAUGGAAGUAAGAAGCAAAGAGGAAGAGAGAAAGAGGAGGCGUGAAGAGGAGGAGAGAGAGAAGGCAGAAGAGGAGACAGAGAUGCAACGAUUAAAGGAGGAAGAGAGACUGAAAAUGGAGGAACGGGAGAAAAAGAGAAAAGAAGAGGAGAGAAUCAUGGAGGAAGAGAAAAAGCUGCAACGAUUAAGGGAGAAGAAAGAAACAAUUGAGAGGACGAAAAAGGAGGAAGAAGAGCAGAGAAAAGCUGAGGAACACGAGAACAAAGAGGAGAGAGUAAAAUCUGAAAAGGAGAAAGAGAUGCAGCGACUGAAAGAGGAGGAGAGGCGGAAAAGGGAGGAAGAGGAGAGAAGAAAGAAAGAUGAGGAGACGGUCAAGCAAAAGAGUGGGAAACAGCAGUUUCUUCCUGAAGUCUGUCUCCCUCUUCUGGACACCAGUUGCAUUACACCCCUAGGUCUCAGGCGACCAGGAGAGACACAAGCAGCCAACAAAAAGGGUGAAUCUGCUGAUGUGGAUACUCCUGAUGGGCCAGUGGAAGCUGAGGCCUCACUUCAUGAUCCUCCUGUUGCGCCAAGACAUGAAGAAGCCAAAGAAGAAGAUGAAGAAGUGGCAAAGUUAGCAGAGAAAAAGACUUCAUCACUUCCAGAACCAAUGGAGAUGUCAACAGUGAAGGAGGAAAUACUUCAAGAGGAGGACAGUGAAGAACCUAUGGCACAGUGUUGCAAGGUGGUGUUGCCUGAACAGAACCUGCUCAUUUCUAAAGGAUCAUGUGAGAUCCAAGUGAACAAUGUGGUGGACUCAUCCCCACAGUCCUUGUCAUCAAGCAGAACUACCGCGCCAGAAAUGGAGGCCGUACACAUAGAUGAGCCCCCUCUGAGUCUGGUAGAUAGGCUCCGUCUAGCUGCCAAAGAGCAGGAGGAGGAACGAGAGGAGAAGAGGAGGAGGGAAGAAGGAAGGCAGCAGGAGAAAGAGAAGAGGAAGGAAGAGGAGGAACAAGAGCAGAAGAGUAGAGUAGGAGAAAUGAGGGAGGAGCAUGAAAGGAAGAGGGAAGAAGAAGGGAAACAGACAGUAGAAGAGAGGAAAGCGGAAGGAGUAACACCGAAUGGAUUUAAAGAUGAGAAGGAAGGAGGUGGAGAACAUAUAGUUAAAGAAAGAGAUAAGGUGAGAUCAGGACGAGAGGCAGUGAAGUGCAGUAAGAAGGAUGGACGACAACUCUACCAGACAGUCAUCAGCAGCCGAUCAGAGGAUGGGCCACCGCUCAGAGAGGCGGAGCUUGAUGAGAUUGGAUAUGAGAUUGAGUGGCCUGAUGAUGGUGAUGGGGUGCAUCGCACAACACACCUCAAACCACCGGAGAUCAGAAACCCUGGUGAUCGUGGUACUCUUGGUCCUUAUGGCUCUCAUAGUUCUUCUUGUCCUUUUGGUUUUCAUUCCAGCCUACUCAAUCAGCCCAGAAAUCUUCAUUAUCCAAGUCUGUCUGAUCCUCCUAGUCCUAAUGAUUCACUCGGUCCUCCUGGUGUUCCUUUUACUAUUGGUGCUCCUGGUCCUGAUGGUAAUCAUGGUUCUGCUAGUCCUUGUAGUACUCUUAAUCCUAAUGGUCAUUUUGGUUCUCUUAGUUCUCCUAGCCUGCUCAAUACUCCUGGUGAUCUUCAUCGUCCAACUCUUUAUGGUCCACCAAUUUGUCCCCCUGGUUAUUUUGGUCCUCUACGUCCACCUGGUCCUCCUAGUUAUCUCAGUUCUAUGAAUCUUCCUUGUUCUCCUGGUAAUGUCGCUCUUCUUAGUCCUCCUGGUCUGGGCUCAGUUGUCGAUGAAAAGGUUGGCGCUGUUGUGGAAGAGGUGGAGUUUCAGCCGGGUCAUGAGGAUCUGGGCUCCAUUUGGUUGGCCGAGCUCUACAUGGGGGGCCAUUGCAAACCUUUGGAGCAAAAUGGCGCCACCCACAAAGAUAAACAAGUUGCCCAUGAAGAUCAGAGGGCAAACUUGGACCGCAUGACUGAACAACGGCGUCUACAGGAGGAAGAGCGUAUCCUGUUGGACAAAAUCCAGGGGAUGUCACAGGACACGCCCCCUGUGGCCAGAAAACUCCUGGUUCCCUCUCCGGAUGAGAUCCGAGAUGUGGAAACGGAGGGCAAACGUCUGUCGGCCAAACACUCGCCGACAUCAUCGGGAGACCACGUGUCGACGGGGCAAUGCUUUGAAGUCACUGGUCAUCAAGAUAACAGCAAGAUGUUCUCGGUAGCCGGGCCAGUAAGGGAGGCGGCUGAUGGGAAGGACGAUGGUGACAACGGCAGUGGUGAGGGUCUAGUGACCUCCAGCCAAUCGCUUCUGCGUUGGUGUCAGGAGGUCACGGCCGGAUACGCGGGGGUCAAGGUCACCAACUUCAGCACUUCCUGGAGGAAUGGUCUUGCCUUCUGUGCCCUCCUGCAUCACUUCCACCCCAACCUCAUAAAUUUUGACAACCUAAAAGCUCAUGACAUCGAAAUAAACAACAAGAAGGUUAGCAUCCUGGCUUUUGUGGUGGCCAUGUUGGCCUUUGCCGCUUUUGAGUCUCUGGGAAUUUCUCGCCUUCUGGAACCAUCCGACAUGGUUCUGCUUUCCGUUCCGGAUCGCCUCAUCGUCAUGACGUACGUUAGCCAGCUUCGGAGUCACUUCACGCAGCAGGAGCUCAGCGUGCUGCAUGUGGAGGGCGACGCCAGCCGCUACGGCCCCGCUCCCGGUGAUGUACCGCCCGCCGAACUCCACGCCGCUGCCGCCGCGCGACUGGAGGAGAAAGCAGCCGCCGUGUUGGUCCCGCCACCGAGAGCCAAGAGACCAGUUAAAGAAUUCUUACUUCCUGUUCCAGUGGACAAAGGUGAAAGCAUCAAUGUGUUAGCAGGAAGCGAACAGACACAUGAGUCCCAGUGCACCAAAGCCGAAGACAAAACGCAUCUUCAGGAUGCGAGUCAGUAUGUGCUGAGCGAGCUAGCAGCGUUGGAGGCGGAGCAAAAGCAUGUCGACGGCAGGGCGGCCGUGGUGGAGCGACGCCUCAGGAGCCUCAUGGAAACCGGAAGUGACCGUGCUGAAGAGGAGCGGCUGAUUCAGGAAUGGUUCACGCUGGUCAACAAGAAGAACGCUUUGAUUCGAAGACAAGACCACCUGGAGCUGCUGCAGGAGGAGCAGGACUUGGAAAGACGAUUCGAGCUGCUUACUCGGGAGCUGCGAGUGAUGAUGGCCGUGGAAGAGUGGCAGAAAACGCACGCCCAGCAAGAGCGUGAGCAGCUCCUCCUGCAGGAGUUGGUGUCGCUGGUCAACCAGCGUGAUGAUGUCAUCAGAAACAUGGAUGCCAAGGAGCGAGGGGCGCUGGAGGAGGACGAGCGUCUGGAGCGCGGCCUGGCGAUGAGGAGGAAGAAAUACAACGACAAGGACGACAAGUGUGUCCUGCAGUAACACGGGUGCACACACUGUAGCUGUCGACGCCACUGUUUAUUUAUUUGUUGGUGUGCAUUUGAAUUGCAAACCUUACGAUGAUGAGCUGGACUCAACAUGGCGGCUUGUCAAAAUUGUCGAGACUUUGCCCCCCUGAACCGCAGCAACAGCAUUGUCAUCGAUUUUCAGCGUUUUUUAAAAUUUAUUUUAUUUUUUAGUUAUAAGACUGUUUUUGUGAGACUACUGUAGACUUUACUUGACAGAUGUAACAAUGUAUGACAUCACAAUCCAGCAGGGAAAUUAUAAUAAAAAAAUGAAGUUUUUCUGAACAAAAUACAUUUGUGAAAGUAGCUGUCUUGAAAUUUCCAGUCUAGCCCAUUUUUUUGUGUAUAUGAACAUGCACGUUUAAUCUUGAAUUAACUCUUUCAGUGACAGUGGUCACGACAGUGGACAGCUAUUUAAAAGUUACACUUAUUUAACCCUUAAUCGUGCAAGUGACUAUUUUUGGUUAUUUAAAAAAAUAUCAGCAUUUAUUAUUAUGUAUUUUUAUAAAUCAUGAAUCAUUAUUGUAUUUUUAUUUAUAAUUACAAUAAAUAUAGUAUGUCAUAAGUUUACAGAUUAAUUAAGAAAAACUAAGCAUAGACUUCACACUCAGUUGACAGGAAACAGGGCGCGGGGCUGCUCUGUAGGGGGCCUCUUUUCAAAAGCUUAAAAUUCAAAUACUUUCAAAACCAAAGCCGUUAGUGACCUAAAACCGCGAAGUGGUGCCCCCACCCCUCCAAAAAAAAAAAAAAAAAAAAUGUUUUUGUUCAAUUUAUUUAUUCAAUUUAUU